AUGUACCGCAGCGGCGCCCGCUCCUCCGUGUCUUCGCACCGGUCUAAAGAGAGCGGCGGGGGCGGCCCGCGCACGGGCCGCAGCUCCGGCACCUCUUCAGGCCCUUCUCGCCGCACCUCGCCGGCGCCCUCUGGCUCCUCCUCGUCUCGGACACCGGCUCGCCGGCCCCGCUCUCCCUCAGGGCACCGUGGCCGCCGGGCCUCGCCGUCCCCGCCGCGGGGUCGCCGCAGCUCCCCGUCUCCGCCCCGCGGCCGCCGGGCCUCGCCGUCCCCGCCGCGGGGUCGUCGUGUCUCCCCGUCCCCGCCGCGGACCCGUCGCGGAUCCCCGUCGCCGCCGCGGGGCCGACGACUGUUCCCGCCUGGCCCGGCAGGUUUCCGAGCCGGCAGUCGGGGGGAGUCCCGCGCGGAAUUCGCCCGGGACGGCCGCGGAGACCAUCCAGGCGACGGCGGCAGCCGGAGACGCUCUCCUGGUCUGCGAUCUGACUCUUUGGAACAGAGCUUAAGGAUCACUGUUGGAAAUGACCACUUCUGUGUUGGCAUACCUGAACGGCGGAGGCUAAGUGAUCGACUUGGAUCACCUGUGGAUAAUCUGGACGAUGUGGACAGGGAUGACCUGACUGAUGAUUCUGUCUUCACUCGAAGCUCCCAGUGCCCUCGAGGUCUUGAACGCUAUAUUUCCCAGGAGGAGGGGCCUCUCAGUCCCUUCUUGGGACAGCCUGAUGAGGACUAUCGAGCAAGAGAGGCUUUCGUGCAUCAUUCUGACUAUCGUCCCCACAUCAGUUGUCACGAUGAGCUGCUGCGGGGAGCAGAACGGAGUCGAGACAAACUGAAAGGCUCCUACUGUCUCCGACCUGAGGAAAGGAGCCGGGAGGCCAAGCGGCCCCGUUACGACGACACAGAGAAGAUCCACUGCAAGGGAGAUGAUCACCCCAGCUACCCGCCAGGGAUGCGCAACUAUAGACAGCGUAGACGAAGCCCGAGCCCUAGGCUUCUGGACCCUGAGUUUCGUGAGCUGGAUCUUGCCAGGAGAAAACGAGAGGAAGAGGAGGAACGGAGUAGGAGUCUGAGUCAGGAGCUGGUGGAAGUUGAUGGUGGUGGCACUAGCUGCCCCAUCCCUGGAUUGUCAGGUGUCCUACCUGCCUCGGGGCCAGCAUUUUCUUUACACCGGCCUGAGGAAGGCUCUGUGAUGCCCAAGAAGUCCAUUCUGAAGAAGCGGAUUGAAGUGGACGUGGAGCCUACCAUGCAGCUUGAGAGUUUUGCCAGCAGUAACAGUUCCAGGCAGGAUCACCCUCUCUACUCUGCACACUCGUCCCUUCCACUAAGUGGUGCUAUUGCUGCUUUUGCCUCAGAGAUUGAAGACAAUAAGGGAACUAUGGUAGAUACUUCGUUGAAGGAAUCUUCAUGUAACCCGUACCAGUGGAGUCCCCUCCCUGGGCUGCCCAAAGAGAGUAGUCCUCUGAGAGAAAAGUUUGGAAGUUUUCUGUGCCACAAAGAGAAAUUGGAUAUGAAGGCUGAUGGUUCUGAGCGGCACUCAGACUUUUUGCUGCCCCAUGAAAGAGCUAGCCAGGAUGGCAGUGGAUUUUCUCGUAUUCUGAGUAUGUUGGCAGAUACUACCAGUACACAAGAAAAAAGGCGACGUAGUUUUCCAGACAUUGAAGAUGAGGAGAAAUUUCUUUAUGGGGAUGAAGAAGAGGAUUUAAAGGCAGACUCUCCACCAAAGUCCCUUGGGGUCUCUGAGAGUGAAGUUAUGAGGCAGAAAACAAGCUGCCUACCCACUCCAGUUCCAGGUAUAAAGCUAGAAUCUAGAGAAGAGACUAAUCCAGAAUAUGCCAAGAUUCAUGAUUUGCUCAAGACCAUAGGGCUGGAUAUUGGGGUAGCAGAGAUUAGUAAACUGGCUGUACGCACCCAAGAACGACUUCAUGGCAAGAAGCCAUCACGCUCUUCAUCUGAUCGCCGUUCUUCAGCUGACCAUCACUUCUCAGCUGAACGCUGUUCUUCAGUUGACCAUCGGUUCUCAGCUGAUCGAUGCUCCUCCGAUCCUCACAGACUGGAGAGCCGGGAGGCACACCAUAGCAAUACUCAUUCCCCCGAAGUGUCCCAUUCAAACCCAGUCUCCCCUGUGGAUCCUUAUCUUCUCACAAAAAAAAGUCCACCAUUCCUAAAGUCUGACCAUCCAAUGGGUAUUAUUGCAGGACAAGAUGUGGUUGGCAGUGGAUUUCAGUCAUCUGUUGCAGUCAGGUGUAUGUUGCCGUCAACUGCAUCUACCCCAGUUAGACUUCCACACCCUGCUUCUUUAUCUCAGUUUCAUGUGCCAAGGGCCUCUCAGUUUGCUGCAGCUCGUAUACCUCCAAACUACCAAGGAUCUGCCAUUCCCUCUGCCUCCUUUGAUGCCUACAGGCAUUACAUGGCAUAUGCAGCCUCACGGUGGCCCAUUUACCCCACCUCUCAACCAUCAAACCUCCCUCUCUCUGAACCACACAGGGUGAUUCCAGUCACCAAACAAACUACUCGUAGCCGUCCCAAUCUCCGUGUGAUCCCCACUGUGACUCCUGAUAAACCCAAACAGGAGUCUUCAGUGCUAGGAGCAGUUCCUUCUGUCCAAGUGCCUGUCCAAGUGUCUAUCCCAUCACUCAUAAGAUAUAAUCCGGAGAAAAUCUCUGAUGAGAAGAACCGUGCUUCCCAGAAGCUGAAGGUUAUUGAAGAAAGGGAAAAACUAAAGAAUGACCGGGAAGCUCGUCAGAAGAAGAUGUACUAUCUCAGAACUGAGUUGGACCGACUUCAUAAGCAACAAGGGGAAAUGCUGCGUAAGAAACGAAGGGAAAAAGAUGGCCACAAAGACCCACUCCUAGUGGAGGUGAGUCGGCUUCAGGACAACAUUAUGAAGGACAUUGCAGAACUUAGACAAGAGGCAGAAGAGGCAGAAAAGAAGCAGUCUGAACUGGACAAAGUAGCUCAGAUCUUGGGCAUUAACAUUUUGGAUAAAUCACAGAAGUCAUCAAAUGACAGUAAAGAACCUACAGAGAAGCCUGGGAAAGCAGAAAAAUCUAAGAGCCCAGAAAAAGUGUUGUCCUCUUCCAGCAGCAAGGAAUCAAAGGUAAACAGUGAAAAUUCCCAUACCAAGAGCUCCAAGUGUGCUGAGAGCCCCCGGCCAGCUGCUAAGCAAUCUGAUCAGCCCAUUGCUGCCUAUGAGUAUUAUGAUGCUGGUAAUCAUUGGUGCAAAGACUGCAACACCAUCUGUGGGACCAUGUUUGACUUCUUCACCCAUAUGCACAAUAAGAAGCACACACAGACACUGGAUCCUUACAACAGACCUUGGGCUUCAAAGACCCACAGUGAGGCCAAACAAGAUGCUGUAAAACGCACUGACAAGAUUACUGUUCCUGCAAAAGGUUCUGAGUUUCUGAUUCCCAUCACUGGAUUUUACUGCCAGCUCUGUGAGGAAUUUUUGGGGGAUCCAAUUUCUGGAGAGCAACAUGUAAAGGGUCACCAACACAAUGAGAAAUACAAGAAAUAUGUGGAUGAAAACCCACUGUAUGAGGAGCGGCGGAAUCUGGACCGCCAGGCAGGCUUGGCUGUAGUUAUAGAGACAGAACGGCGACGGCAGAGUGAGUUAAAGCGCAAACUUAGUGAAAAACCAAAGGAAGAGAAGAAAGACAAAAAGGCAAAGAUUGUGAAAGAAAUAAAGGAGGAUGAGAAGGCCUCUGAGGAAUUAGAAGAUCAACUUUCUGAGGGUGGAAACUCCCCUGAAAGGACUGAAAAUAGAAGGAGGCCUAGCAUCAAACUCCAGUUAAAAGACGAGGUAAAGAAAGAAUCACCAUCAUCUUCCUCUUUUGGGAAAUUCAGCUGGAAAAAGCCAGAAAGAGAGGAAGAAAAAAGUUCAGUCAUGACGUCAAGUAUUACUAAGGAAGAGAUUCUGGAAAGCAGUAAGGACAAAGAGGAUAGCAAAGCUGAAGCUGGGAAGGCAAAACCCAUCAAAAUCAAGCUCUCUGGAAAAACUGUUGUUGCACAUACUAGUCCAUGGACACAUGUUGUGACAACUUCAACCCAGACUAAGAUCCGACCCAAUCUGCCUAUCCCAUCCACAGUACUCCGCAAGUCAGGUUCAGCCACAGUGAGCAAGCCAGCUCCUCUUAAUACCUUUCUAUCCAUCAAGUCCUCUGGAACCACUGCUAAGCCUCUGCCAGUGGUUAAAGAGUCAUCAGCUGAUCUCCUUUUGCCUCCCGAUAUCAUCUCCAAAGCAUUUGGAGGGGAAGAGGUGAUUCUGAAAGGGUCUCCAGAGGAAAAAAUAAUACUGGCUGAAAAGACUGAGCCAUCCCAUAUACCAGAACAGAUGCUGCCACCUCCACCACCACCGCCGCCACCGCCACCUCCACCACCCCCAGUUAUAUCUCACCCAACUGCCCCAUCUCCUACUCAAGUAAAUGCAGUCUUAGUGCCAGUAAAACCAAACACAGCUGUAUCUCACACUCUCAGUCCUGGCUUCCUGGGUCCUAACAUUUUGAACCCAGUGUUGCCAGUAGCCAUUAUGGCCUCAGCACAGCCAGCUGCCAUGCCUUCUGAUGAGACAGCUCCUGGGGUGAGUGAGAGUGACCGGGACCAGACCCUAUUCUCUGUGUUAGUACGUCCUCCACCUCCCCUUUCAAGUGUAUUUAGUGAACAAGCCAAAAAAUUGGAAAAGCGAAAUUCGUGCUUAGCCACAGCCAAUGCUAAGGACCUGUAUGACAUAUUCUACAGUAGUCGUGGAAAGGGAACCCCUGAGACUAAGUUGAGUGGUGGUUUGUUGGCCAUCGGGGAAAAUAGCAGCCUCUCCAAAGCUGAAAGUUCAGACACCUCUUCUACUUCUUUGAAAAGCAGUGCAUCACAGGAAGAAUUGUCUCCAAUUAGAAGGUCAGCUUCUCCUCCGUUAAUCAGCAACUCUGAAAAGCCCAAUGUAAAAACUCUGGUUUCCCUAGGGAAAUGGUCAGUUGUGGACCCCAUAGACUCAAAAAGCAGAGGCAGCAGCUAUGGUUUCCUACAGCCCCUCACAAGGUUGUGCCAAAGCAGACCUUAUGAAACAAUUACCCCAAAGACAGACACUUUGGCCAUAUGGACUGCUAGCUCUUUCCAGAGUAAUGCUAAUAGGGACAUGUCUGCAGAGGGAGAAAUUGAACUUGACCUGGAAGAACCAGGGCCACCAGGUGUAGAACCAGUCCCUCAGCUGUCAGAUAUACACUGUCAUCCCAUGGAAUCUCAGCAGCUGGUAGAAGCCCACCUUAUAGAAUCUGGUGACCAGGAUGAGAAAAGCCAGAAACUCUACCAAUCUAAGGACUGUGGAGAAAAUGAGGUAGAGACAAACACUGAACUAAAAGAAAGGGGAGCUAAACUUUCUGAGAGGAAGAUAGGUAUCCACAUUGGGCCUAACAGCAUAAAGGAUUCCAGUUUGAACCAUGGUAACAACUACAUGUGGAAGGGAAAAGUAGAACAACCUGAGUUACAAGUCAUUGAUAAAAAGGCUGAACAGUCCAAGAAGUUGAUGACAGAAAGUGAAACUCAAAGUAAAGUAAUGAGUGAAUUGAGUCCACAAGCUCACUCUUCCAUAAAGACAAAACUAGAGUCAUUUCCAUCAGAAGGUAGGUCUUUGCUCCACAACCCAGAAGAUAAACCUGUGAAAAUUUCUGCCCCAGAAUUGCUUCCUCAGUCCCCAGCCCGGUCAGUCCCCAGCCCAGCACAGGAACAAGGAGUUUCAGCUGGUAGUGAAGGAUGGAUAGAAAAUUCAGUUCUAGAAUCAGCUUCCACAACCUCUAAGUAUAGAAACCUCAAACUCAAGAGAGAAAAAUCAGAAGACCUUCAGAGUAAAAUGAUCUGUGAACUGGCUGUUUGGGAUGACAAGUACAAGAAGCCAAAGAUCUGGGAAGAUCCAGAGGAACGAGAAGCAGAAGCCCUGGAGCUACCAGAUGUCCACCCAGAAUUGACAGUAAGACUAGAAAGCAAGGUCUUAGAAAACUUAGAUGUUACAGAUUUAAAAGUAGAAGAUCUUGCUGCCCUGGGUGAUACGGGUGUUGAUUUCUGUAAUACUCAAGUAGACACACUACAUAGAUCCCCACCUGCUGUGUCUCAAAAAGUGUGUGAAGAAAAUUCUCUGUCUAUAGGAUGUAAUCCCAUCACUCUCACAGACUUUUCUGAGUUUCCAUUAGAUUCUUCCAAAACCCUGGUGCUCAACUUUGGAGCAGAGGGUGAACAAAACUCAUCUAAUCCCAGAAGUGGGAGGAUCACUUCUAACAUUUUGAAAACUGGACUUCCAAUAGGAAAUGUUGACCUUGGCUUGGGGAACCUGGAGGGGACACAUCAAGCCCUUGACCUGUUAGCAGGAGGAAUGAUGCCCAAGGAAGUAGAAGAAACUUCUCAAUUAGAGAAACAAGAUUCACUAAGAUUGGAAUCAGAAACAAUUAACUCUGUAGGCCUUGGGCCAUCUUCUUGCCUUCCAGACCUUGUUGACUUUGUCACACGGACAUCUGGAAUUCAGAAAGAGAAGUUAUGUUCUCUCUCUGAGUCAGGUGAUGCUCCUGUGUGUAGUUCCCUGGAGAUGGGACCACUACAGCUAGAAAUACCGAAUGCAUCCAUCACAGAGGUAGCAACUCCUCAUGUAGUUGAGGACAAUGACAACUCUUUGAAUUUGGUAAAAUCUGUGGCUUCAGGGUCCCCUGCAAGGGAGCAGGUAGUUGGAGGCAAUAUGAUCCUUCAGGAAAUAACUGCACAAGUAACUGUAGUUGGUGCCAUCCAGGACCACAUAGAAUCCAGUGUUCAUGACUAAGAAUAUACCCAGAACUACAUGUGGAUGAAUGAAAUUGACUUCAUAAAGCGGGUGCCCAGAUGGUGAAGAACUGGUCUACUGUCUUAAUCUGAAACCUACACCAAGAGAUACAGUCAGCAUCUUAACAGUAAAUGUUAAUGGAAGCUAAAAAAAAUUUACCUCCUUUCCUUUUUUCCUUUCUCCUUAAAAUACCAGACAAAUCAAUCAUUACUACUUCUAUACAUAUCUGUAAAAAAAAAAAAUGUAUUUUCUGUUAAUUUUUUUUUCUGCCAAUUUUCUCUUACUUUGUCAUUAAAAUCAAAUGUCUAUCUGGCUCACCACAUAGUGUGCUUUGAUUGUAUUUUGGCCUUGACUCUGCCAUUCUGGAAUGUGGGGGAGGGGGAAACAGCUGACUUCUCCAAUUGUUAUGUUGUAUUCCCACCCAAUUUUGUGGGCAGCUGAUGAAUCUCUAGGAGAAACACCAGAAAGUCUGCUGAAAUGGAAAACUACUGAUGAAGGAAGGUCAUCUCUUAGGCUUCCAUUUGGAUGGGCCUGCCUUAAUAUUGUUUGAAAUGCAGUGUGAGUAGCUCUUUUGUUUACUGUUUCUACUUAAGGUCUGUCAACCUCACUCUGUUGCCUUUGCUUCAGUUGAUCCUGCUAACCCACAAAUGUGUUUGGAAAUCGCCUUGUAAACAUGGAAGAAAAUCUAGCAGGCUCACUUUUAGAAGACAACAAGUCAGUAAGGCUUAUUCAUGGCUCAAUACCAGGAGCAGAUAUGCUUUGUAGAUCCCUUUUAUUUUUGAAAUGACCUCCAUUCAUUGUUCUGUGAUCCAGCAACACUUGUGUUAUAUUGUUUCGCAGCCAUUACUAAAGAGGUAGAAGAUCUGAAAUUUGUCUUGGGAUUGAACUUCUCAGUUCCACAACUCAUUUGUAAUUCUUCCUCUACCUCUCCCUUUCCCAAGCUAUUUUUACCAUAGUGUGAUGUUUUGGGUUGUACAUUUUGUUUAAAAGAUUAAAGAAUUUAUGAGUUGACUUGGACAAGUUUAACUUUAUUUUUAAUGUGUAAAUUACUUAGAAUAAAUACAUUAAUCUCAUGUUUCUGAUUUUUUGGUAUGAAACUACAUACAUUUGAACUUAAGAGGAAAACUAGAACAGUGAACUCCCACUCCCCUAAUGUCUGUCCCCCCCAGCCUUUCUUCUCCCACUUAAUAGAGCUACUUGCCUUCAAGUCAGACUGUUAGGUUAAAUAAUGCUGUCUGAAAAAAGAAGUGCUGUCUGGAUGAACAGUGAGUUGGUGAUAGUGGUUUGGUAUUGGUAUCUUCCUAUGUGAAGAUUUUUUAUAAAACUGUGUUGGUUCUCCCUGUCGUCUUCUGGGAGCUGAACUCCCUCAAGAACACUCUUGUUCUUGCUGAGGGCCCCAUUGGGAACCAAGGAAACUUGGUCCUUAGGUUUUCUAAUUUCUGUUCUUCUUGACAUCACUGUUGUCAGCAAUUUAUAAACUGGCUCAACAGAGCUUUUAGAGUGUCAUUCUCUACCCACUUCUCAAAAAUAAUGCAAAGUUGCUCAUCUUUUUAACUAAGAUUUUUUUUUUCUUUGUGUCUUUGUGUGUACAGCUGAAGAAACCCUAUGUUGAAUAUUGGAAGGGUAUUUACUUCUUCUAGAACCUUGAUUAAUGAGUAUUUAGUUGUCCCAGCUUCUUUUUUUCAUCCAGUUGUGGAAAGGGCACAGCUUUGGAAAAGUUGGAUCCUUAAAUAUUUCUUAACCAUUUACCUUGUGAUUUUGGGAAAGUUACUUCACCUUUACUGUGCCAUGAGGAUUUUUUUCUUAAGAUGAUUAUUAUUUCCAUCUCAGCACCAAAUGUGUACAGGGUCAGUAAUCUUCCUAGGCCUGCUUUUUAGGAUGAAGCCUGAAUUCAGUGCAUUUAUCUGGCUGGAAACCAUAGACUGACUUAGAAGAUGCCAUUUAGGAAACAUAAGCUAAAGUUAACUUCAGAGGUAUAUUUGUUUUUCUAUAGAAUUACUUUUCCAUUCUAAAGCCUGCCUAUAGGAAUUCAGAUUAUAUAAGAGUUUAAAAUGGGAGUUGUUAACUGAUUUUCAGACCUGUUCACUUAGUAAGUUUCAUCUCCCUUUAGGGAGACUCAGUAGGGUUUAAGGAAAGAGGUGAGGGGUUAAUCCUAUCCAGAUCACAUUCCUAAUCUUUUGAAGUCACUUGAGAAGGGUAGGAAAAGGAACUGGUAAUGUCUAGGAAAGGUAGAGCUUGUUCAAGUAGCUGGGACUAGAGUAUUUCGAGACUUUCUGUGCUUUCCUGAUGACCAGGCAUCAUACCAAAGAUAUCUAACCAAUCUUGAGCUAUUUUUAGAAUUAACACCCACUUUCUACGAGUUGAAACAUGGUAUUCUUCAUACCUUUCUUGAACUAGCAAAGGGAGAACUUUUAGGAUUCUGUGGUUUGGGCAGGAAGUGUUGCUGGCUUCCUCCUUGAUAGUGGAAUCUAACUGUGGAGCCCGUUCAGAGGAGCCUUGUGAACGGAUGUUUGGAACUCUAACCCAAUUGCCAGAGGUAGGGCCUUUUUUUUUUUUUCAUUCAGUAUCGUAGUACUGAAUAAAAUUUUUACCUUCAGAGACAAAGACACAGCAAGGAGUGGGUCAGCUAAUGGUGGACCCCCUCAACUGAGAAAUGAUAGGAAAUGAUAAAGUCCAGGUUAGCUUUAGGCAAAAACCCUAUUUUACCUAAUUUAUGUAAAUAGCACCCUAAAAACUCCCAUUGGCCUUUGUGAAUGGAGGCGUCUUGAUUUAUAAGCCACAUCUUAUAAAUCACAGCUAACUUCAGGGCACAUAGGACUCAAUAUCCUUUCUGCUGAGUAUUCUCACUUUACUCCAUACUACUCUGUCUCUCUAAAAAACCUAAGUCAAAAAGCUAGCUAAUGUUUGAUUACAAAGCAUGCCAAAACCUAUAUACAUUUAUCAUACUGCUAGGUUCAGAGACAGGUGGAGUGGACAUACAGGAUACAGGUAUUGAAUAGGAGGGACAUUAAGUAUAUAUUUUUUAAAAAGUGGAGUAUGUUCCAAAAGGAGUAAAUGAAAUGUGUGUACAUAUUCCUAAACCUUGUUUUUGUGUGUGUGUGUUUUUUUUAAGAUUUAUUUAUGCAUAACAAGAGCCAGGGUGUAGGCCAGAGGAUGGGGGGAGGGGAGGUGAGAGGAUUCAUCAGAGACAGUGGGGAGCAGAACAGGCAGAUCAACUGAAAUAAACUGCUGAGGGGAGCAGCGGGCGAGGCAGGAGAGGUACCAUGUUGGUCACCUCCCUGGCUGGGGAGCGAACUUGUGCUGCAGUAGCUGCCAGUUGUUUCAUAGUGCUGCCGCUUAGCCACCUGUACCACCAGGGAGGCCCCGUAACCCUUGGUUUUCAUUGUCACAAAACUUGUCUAACAAACCAAAGAUUUGAACUGGAGCAAAGUUUUCAUUUAUUAACAGUUUGUGAAAAAAUGAAAAUAGUUUGGGAUUGUGAAUAUAUU